CUAUGAUGCUUAACAUUUGGAUAGCAGUAGGAGGCAUAUUUUACGGGAAGCGACCGGUAAAGUUAGCCCAGAAUCCGACGAGUGGCUGUUUCCCUGGCAACCUCACAGUUACAAUGAACGGAUCAUCGAUGUACAGUUAUGAUACGACAACUUCCCUGUACGAUAUAACGGGAAACUUGACCAUGUCACAAAGUGACCCAACAACGUCAAGUAAAGGGUUUUUCCUGUACGAUAUAUCCUACACCUGGUACGGUUUAAUCGGGUUCCUUCUGACAAUGAUUAUCGGUACUGUCGUCAGCUUAAGUACAGGUGGUGACCGCGACGAGUCUGUUAAAGUCCAUCUUAUAUUCCCUGUCUGUAGGAAGUUGUUCGGUCUGAAAUCUAAUUCCACAAAUGAGAGUGAGGACAAGACUCUAUCACUGAUGCCACCGAACGCUACCAACGGAGAUUCACUCAUUUCAUAUUCAGAAUGUGAAGAACCGAAUGUACCUACAUUAUAGGAUCAUUUUGAUUUAUACAUCGUAAUAUGGUAAUCUAAACGGUCAUGUGUACAUUCCUUUUAUGAUAUUAUUUUAUUCAUUUACUGGUUUGGGAAUAAAGUAUUCAAUCAC